UUUAGCGUCUCCGCUUCGACGCGAGCGAUUCUACAGCCAAUUCCCGAAGCUGAGACUUGGUAGGUGCGGCCGACCAUUGGAAACGUGAGAACUGUGAAGACACAUGGACGAAGAAGCCCAGAAGAGGAAAGAACAGGAGUCAGGCAUGGCUCUUUCUCAGGCACAAUUGACCUUCAAGGAUGUGUUCAUAGAUUUCACUCCUGAGGAAUGGGAAUGCCUGGACCCUGCCCAGAGGACCUUGUACAAGGACGUGAUGGUGGAGACUCUCAGGAAUCUGCUCUCUGUAGAUAUGUCUCAUAUAGAUCAGAUCAAGAAAUUACAGGCAAAAGGAAACAGUGGUAAAGGGGAAAUUUUUCAAAGAGUGAUGUUUGGAAGAGCUGAAAGCCUUGACAUCAAAGAUUUUCACCUCAGGAAGAUCCAGGAAAAUAUACAUGACUUUGAUUGUCUGUGGACAGAUGAUGAAAGAAAUGACAAAGGAAUGUCUAUAUCCCAUAACAAAAACCUCACUGAUGGAAGAGAUCAUCCUAGUAGCAGUGAUGUAGGAAAUAGAGCUUUUGAAAGGCACAGAGCAAGCUUUCAGGAUGAAUUGCAGAUGGUACAAUCUGAAGGGAUAAUUUUUGAAUGUAGUCAAGUUGUGACAAAUGUUAGCGCCUCAGGUUUAUCACCUCAGAGAACUCGUAAUGUGUGCGAAGGGUUUUCUCAUAAACCUGAGAAUGCUGUCAUGCAUCUUUCAGAACUGUUACCGGACCAUGAAACACAAAAGAAAAGACGUUACAAAUGUACUGAGUGUGACAUAACCUUUCUUGAGGACUCAGAACUCACUAGACAUCAAAGAAUCCAUACCGGAGGAAAACCAUAUAAAUGCAACGUGUGUGGCAAGGCUUUUAAUCAAACUACAGAACUUGCAAUUCAUUGGAGAAUUCAUACUGAAGAGAAACCACAUAAAUGUGAUGUAUGUGGCAAGGCCUUU